AGAAUAAUAUAUGUCAUACAAGCUAUAUUGCUAGUAAAAGUAUUUUUGGUUUAAUAUAGAAAAAUUCUAGCUUAAUUAUGCGUGCGUAUAAUAUACAAAAAUUAUACCAAGUGUACAAAAUCACAUACAUAGAUACCAUUAUUAAUUUACUCUAGAUCUUAUUAUGUGUUAAUUAAAUAUAAUUAAACAUAUACACAUAUCAGCACAUAUGUCAUGCGACCCAUUCUUUAAAAUUUAUUUUGUAUUAAUACAUAAAUAUAGAUAGAUAUGUACAUUAUUAUGUACUUGUACACAACCUUAUAUAUCCGUUCACACACUAAUAGAGAAUCUUUGCCAUGGGUCCUAGCUAGCUUGCUCUCCUGCCUAGUGUAUCACUCACAUACACCACUCUCUCUUUCUCUAUAUAUGUCCAUGUGUCAUGUAUAUAAUAUAUACAUUCAUAUCAUAUACAGAGAUUUCUCAAUAAAUAGUUGGGGCUUUUUGUUUUGAUUUUCUAUAAAUAUAUAGAGGGGGUUUGAAGGUUGAGAGAGAGAAAGAGAGAGAGAUGGAGGUAAUUGUGUUGAGAGUGUUGUAUUCUAUAUGUGGAAUAGGGGUAUUGGGGUUCUUAGUUCAUAUCUAUAAUAGUGUUUGGUUCAAAUCUGAAAGAGUCCGAAGGAAACUCCGAAUGCAAGGUAUUAAAGGUCCAACGCCGUCGUUUUUAUAUGGAAAUCUUCCUGAGAUGCAGAAAAUCCAGCUUCAAACCUUGAAAGCUCCUCUUAAUCAUCAUGAUUGUUGCUCUGAGUCCUUCGUAGAACACGAUUACACCUCCACUCUCUUCCCAUACUUGGAACAGUGGAGAAAAGAAUACGGUUUAUUAUAUACAUAUUCAACUGGGAUGAGGCAACACUUGUAUAUCAACCAGCCAGAGCUAGUGAAGGAAAUGAAUCAAAGUCUUACAUUGGAAUUGGGUAAGCCUACUUACGUAACCAAGAGGCUUGCGCCCAUGCUUGGCAACGGCAUUUUGAGAUCCAAUGGCCAUUUAUGGGCACAACAAAGGAAGAUUGUUGCACCCGAGUUUUUCAUGGACAAAGUCAAGGAAAUGGUGGGUCUAAUGCUGGAGUCAGCUGAGCCAAUGCUCAAAAAAUGGGAAGAGUGUAUUGAAUCACAAGGUGGAUCGACGGCUGAGAUUAAAGUAGAUGAGGAUUUGAGAGGCGUCUCCGCUGACGUUAUCUCUAGAGUCUGUUUUGGAAGCUCUUACGCCAAAGGCCGUGAGGUUUUUUCUAAGCUUAGAAGCCUUCAGAAAACCAUUUCUCACCAAGGCUUUCUCUUUGGAGUUACUAAUUUUGGGAAUAUUUUUGGAGGGAAAAAACAAAACGAGAUCAGGUGCUUGGAGAGAGAGAUAGAGUCGUUGAUAUGGAAGGCCAUAGAAGAUAGAGACCAAGAACAAGUGGAAGAAGAAGUGAAUGUGAUUAAUAAUAAUAUUGUUUCGGGGGAGAAAAAGGACUUAUUGCAGCUGAUACUAGAGGCGGCCAGUGGCGACCAAAGUCUGGACAAGGAUUCGUGUAAACGCUUCAUUGUAGAUAAUUGCAAGAGUAUCUACUUCGCCGGUCAUGAGUCCACCGCCGUUGCCACCUCCUGGUGUUUGAUGCUGCUCGCUUCGCAUCCCGACUGGCAAGCUCGGAUUCGAGAUGAGUUGGCUCAAGUUUGCCCUAAUGGCCUUCCUGAUGCUACUUCUCUUCCCCAAUUAAAAAUGGUGACAAUGGUGAUUCAAGAAGUGUUACGCCUAUAUCCACCAGCAGCUUUCGUAUCAAGGGAGGCACUAGAAGAAACCAAAGUGGGAAACAUUACUGUCCCAAAAGGGGUAUGCCUAUGGACACUGAUCCCUACUCUGCACCGAGACUCUGAUGUUUGGGGGCCCGAUGCCAACGAGUUCAAGCCGGAGAGGUUUGCCGAGGGCGUGGCCCAAGCUUGCAGGCUGUCCCCGCAAGCCUAUAUUCCCUUUGGGUUGGGUCCUCGGCUGUGUUUAGGCAAAAACUUCGCAAUGGUGGAGUUAAAGGUCAUUUUGUCCCUUAUUAUAUCAAGGUUUUCUUUCUCUUUAUCUCCUAAGUACUGUCAUUCUCCCGCUUAUAGAAUGAUCGUAGAGCCCGGGAAUGGAGUACAAAUUUUUAUCAAAAGAACAUCUCAUCAUCAUCAAUGAUUCACAAUAUAAUUUAUUACUCUUAUAUAGCUUCCAUGCAUAUAUAUAUAUGUAUAAUGUAAUAUUGUAUAAUUACAUGUGGUUUUGUUUGUGAUAAAUAAAAUGUGAUUCUAGGUGUGGGGUGAUCAA